AUGAAUUACUUUGGUAACCUUGUCGUUUUUGGUGUCCAAAAAGGCGACUUUUUACAAUGGUGCGUUGGCAAAUCUCGUCAAGAAACGGAAAGCUAUCUGUUCAACAGCCCUCCAAGCAAUCAUACGUUCUUAACCAGCUCACACUUAAAUUUCAUUGAUCGAAAAAAUGGGAUGGGCCUUUACAACUGCAGUAGACUUUGGGAAGACGAAAUUAAACUAUCCGUCAUUGUUUUCAUAAUCAUGUUCAUUACCUACAUUCAUUUUGCUGUCUGUUUCUGGUGUUAUACUCAAGACCGAAUGCGUGAAUAUGAAGAGGCGUUGGCUUUUGAAUUAACUAACAGUAGCAUGAUGCACAACCAUAACAAUAACAUGAUGAUGCAUAACCCUAGUAUGAUGGGUGGACAAAAUCACAACGUGAUGAUGAAUAUACCACGAGCUGCCAAAACGAAGGGUCAGGACAGCAAGAGAAAUUUAGCCGAUAUAACCAGGAAUUUCUUUGGAAAUUUACGAUACUCACCAUAG